CAAAACAGAGUUAUCUUUUCUUGUUCACUCUGGCAGCUAAAAGAAAAUUCAAAUUUUAAGUGGAAAAAAUCAGCUUUUCAGCAUGGACACGCUGCGCCAGAAGAUUUCCGAGCUGUUUAAUAAUCCCCUGGGCACAAAGGAUGAGGUUAUACAAAGUCCCAACCUUGGAGAGGCCAUAACAUCGGAGGUUUCGAGUCAGGAAACCGAGAAGCCAGACGACAACUCUUCAACCGAUACCUCGGAAGCCAUAACCUCUGCGGACUUGCCCACCCCCGAUCUGAAGUUGCAAAAGUUCAAGAAAGAACAUUACAAGCCUAUAAACUACGAACUGGAGUUCGUGGACUUUGUGGAACGCAAUGCUCCCAAGGGAUUUUCCAAGAAGAUAAUGGAUAUGUUGCCCUAUUUGCAAGCCAGCUUUUUGUCCUGGCCAGCAUUUUGGCUUUGGCGCGGCUACAAUUGGCAAUCGAAACGGAAAACAGAGAGGAUUGGUCUUUACAUUCAAAGGACCUAUCAGCAGGCCAAACUGAUGCAGUUGGCCAUCUUAGCCACUGGCUUACUAACGGUUUCAAUGGGUCAAACUGCCGGCAUACCAAUUAAAUUGGAAACGGUCGACCAUAACAAGCCAGCAGAAGAUAUUGAAGACACCUCUUAGCCCCGAACUUUUACGGCCAUCUGAAGGAUAAAAUUCUGAAGACAACAAAAAAGGAGGAAGCAGCCAGGGAAGUGGCCAGCCCACCCCAAGUGCAUAAUCUUGGCGAGGAGAUACGUCUAUUGGUGCAUUCCAAAGCCUUUGAGAAUGCCUACAG